AUGGACGGGCUGGAGGAGGGGGAGGUGGAGGGGGAGACUCUGCUCAUGGUGGAGUCGGACUCUGUGGAUCUGUCCCAGGACCAGAGUGGAGACUCUGUGGUCUCUGAUGCGGACCAGGACCCGGGUCCAGACCAGGACCAAGACCAGGACCAGGACCAGGACUUGGACCAGGAUAUGGGCUUCUGCUGUGAGCGCUGCCACAAAUGGAUCACCACAGCUCAGCUCAGAGGAGAUGCUCCCAGUUUCCUUAAAGGUGAUAACUUCUUUAAGUUCGUGUGUGGUCAGUGCUCUGACGACGGACGAGAAAACUUCGAGAGGAUGAGGCUCACCUGGCAACAGGUGGUGAUGUUGGCCAUGUUUAACCUGUCUCUGGAGGGCAGUGGGCGUCAGGGAUACUUCAGGUGGAAGGAGGACAUCUGCGCCUUCAUCGGACGACACUGGAGCUUCCUCCUGGGCACCAGGAAGAGGACCUCGACGUGGUGGAGCACGGUGGCGGGGUGUCUGUCCGUGGGGAGUCCGGCGUUCUUCCGGUCGGGGGCGCAGGAGUUCGGGGAGCCGGGCUGGUGGAAACUGGUCCAUAACCGCCCCCCCACCCUGAGACCCGAGGCCGACAAGAGCGGCCCCCCCAAGACCAAAGCCGUGCGGCCGUGCACCGACCCCACCAUCACGGUGGAGGGUCUGAGGCGCCGCGGCGGCGAGACGCCCGUGGAGAAGGCCAUUCAGCUGAAGGAGAAACGCAGCCGGACGCAAGAGGCCAAAGACAUCCGCCGCGCCCAGAGAGACCACGCCCCCAAAGCCCCCAAGCCCGCCCCCAAAGCUCCUAAGCCCGCCCCCAAACGCGGCGCCCUGGACAAACCCGAACUCAUGGACCUGUCCUCCAUCAGCUCGUCCGACCGCACGCCGCUCACAAGCCCCUCCCCCUCCCCCAGCCUGCUGUCCGAGGCCGACCUCAUCCCUGACGCCAUGCCGCCGCAGGCGCUCUUCCACGACGAUGAGGAGGCGGAGCCGGAGUCCGUCAUCGACCCCGGGAUGGAGUACGUCCCGCCCAGCUCUGCUCUGAUUGGUCGAAAGAAGGCCCGCCCCCUCGCGUCCGCUCCCAUCAAACGGGAGGCGGAGAGCGAGGACGAGGACACGCCCCCCUGCGCCAACGACGCCAACGAGCGCCGCAAACAGACAGUCCGAUCGGAGCCGGCGCCUCCGGGGGGCGGAGCCUCACGCGGCGCUCGCUGCGUCGCCAUCGGUCCGUACGAGGAGCGGCUGUUACUGCGGCGACUGGAGGCGUGUCCGUUAGCGUUGGCGGUGACGCCGAGCGCCAAACGCCUGCGCAGGAAACUGUUGGUGCGACAGGAGAAGAGGAGCAGAGGGCUCCCCCUGCUGGACGUGGACAGAGCCGCCAACGCCGCCCUGAGCCUGGUGGGCGGAGUCUACAGUGCUCAGGUGGGCGGAGUCUACAGCAUGCAUGUGGGCGGGGCCACGCACAGAGUGACCAAUGGUGAUGCUCGGAUCCUCGACAGGUUCCAGAGUGUGUGUUGUGUUCCUCGUCCUCAGACUCUGGCGUCGGUUUCGUUCUUUCAUCGUGUGAUGGGCUCAGACUCCGCCCACAACCAGAGCGUCCGCAGCCCCUACACGGCCCGCCUCCUCAAGCCCUACAUCAGGCGGGACUACGAGACUCGUCCUCUGAAGAUCCGGGUUCUUUCGGAGAUUCGAGCCUUCGGUCGCAGUAAAGACCCGGACUGGACCCCGGAGCCGGACUGUCCCAUCGACUACUGCUACGUGAGACCCGCCCACAUCCGCCCGCUCAACGCCCUGUGCCACGACGCCUUCUGGCCCGGGGUGGACCUGAGCGAGUGCCUGCAGUACCCGGACUUCACGGUGGUGGCGCUCUAUAAAAAGGUGGUGGUGGGUUUCGGGGUCAUGGUCCCGGACGUGAAGUACAACCAGGCCUACAUCUCCUUCCUCCUGGUCCACCCCGAGUGGAGACGAGCCGGGAUCGGGACCUUCAUGAUCUACCACCUCAUCCAGACGUGCAUGGGGAAGGACGUGACGCUCCACGUUUCCGCCUCGAACCCGGCCAUGCUGCUCUACCAGAAGUUUGGGUUCCGCGCGGAGGAGUACAUCCUGGACUUUUACGACAAGUUCUACCCCGCCGAGAGCAACGAGUGCCGCCACGCCUUCCUCCUGCGCCUGCGCCGAUGAGACCGGGACCAGGACCGGGACCAGGACCGGGACCAGGACCGGGACUGAACAUUGUGUAGAUCUGGACUUUUGUAUUUUCUUGUGUUUUGAGAAUCAUCAGACUUGUUCUUGAUUAAAGUGUGUGCGCUCGUU